CUAUUUCAAUGAUUCUAAAUCAUGCAGUGGACAUUAAAUUGGUUCAAUAUUAAGUUUAGGAACCAUACUGAUUAACCUGGAUUUCUCAUGGACAUUUGCUCGUUAAAUAUAGGCUGAUGUUAUCUCACUUGAGUCCUGAAUAAAUGUUUAAAUUCAUUAAUGGAUUGGUGCAAACUUGUAUUGCGCGUUCAUGAAGAGCGUCGUUCCUAAGAAGUAGAAAAAAUGUUCAUAAUAGUUUUCCACGCUGGAUGUAAGCACGGGAAUGAAGUAUGCGAGUAGUUAUUGCCUGCGCUGGAAGAUGUGUAGCGCUGGAAAAAUGCGUGAAAAUACGUGCCGUAUUUGUUUUAUUUCUAUACGGUGUCCGUUAAACGGUGGAAGACAUGGACAGUAAUCAAAAUUUAAUUAAGUUCUCCUGAACUGUUCACUGUAAAGAAAAAUAGUCCGCCUCAGAAUGAGUGUAGUUGGUGGAUGUCAUCACCAUUCAACGAUGCCGUAUGAUAGCCACUCUUUAGCUUCGGAAGCAACUGCAAGUCCUUGUCACGGAGAAAACGCUCUCCUCCAUGGUUGGCUCAUCAGACAUGCAGAAGUGUCUCCAACAAACUGUAGCACGGCACCAUCAGAAAGUCCUGGAUAUGCGACCGGAGGCCUCGGUCUUGAGUUUUCACGUUCUGUGAGCGUCACGGGGGCUGGUACUGGUACUGGUACUGUGACAAUAUCCCGUCCUAUGAAACGGAAAGGUAAGGCUCGACGAAAGGAAAGGCGCAGGACUCAAAAUAUCAAUAGCGCCUUUGCCGAGCUUAGGGACUGCAUACCCAACGUUCCUGCAGACACGAAAUUGUCCAAAAUAAAAACACUGCGAUUGGCCAGUAGCUAUAUCGCGUACCUCAUGGACCUCCUAGACAAGGACGAUCAGAAUGGAGAAACAGAGGCUUUCAAAGCAGAAUUCACAAAGACAGAUUUCAAAAAAGAGGAAGAAAGCAAGAAAGAACUGAAUGAAGUUCUGAAGAAUUCCAAAAACAAUGGUGACAAGAAAACAAAAGGAAGGACAGGCUGGCCUCAGUAUGUCUGGGCUUUGGAACUCCAGCACUGAAAACUUUACCUCUCCUGGACUUGCAAAGAUUACUUUUCUUUGCUCAUUUUUGAAAUUUUAUCAAUUUCUAGCCUACACUAAAUUUAUUUUUAGGAUUUUUAUGUGCAAUUACCCAUCAAGGAUAUUUAAAUAAUGCCAUUGGAUUUGUGAGAGGAGGAGACCUGUGUGGUAAGGUAUUAUGUGUGAAUUUCUAGUGUGAUUAAGUUUAGUUCAAAUGUAGCCCAUGUUAGAUAUAUUUUGCACUACUGUCACCUAUGCAAAUAUGAGUUAAAUAUUAAAGUAGCAUCCAUAAUAAUAAAUGUGAAAAACCCACAACGGGACUGACUCAAUCUACCUUCAACUUCACUGAUAAUAUUAAGGGGGCCAUUACAAUUAAAGAGCACCUCCAUUCAAGUUUUGGUUUAUUUUCAGGUAUUCAGAUGGAUUCAUAAAAAUGUUACAGGCUACAUUUCUCAUAAUUAACAACUUAUUUUCAUUAUAUUAGGCAUUAUCAGAUGACAAAGCAGUUAUGCACUGCAUAUUUACAGUGGAAAAGAUAACACAUGCAAUAGUAGGUACUGCUAUGGUAAAAAAAAAAAAAAAAAAAAAAAAAACACAUUACCAACACUACUACUACUACUACUACUACUUGUUGGGUUCAGUAGAUAUUAUUCAAUCAUAAUCUGCUCUCUCCCCCCUUUCACUCUCUGACACACACACACACACACACACACACACACACACACACUCACACUCUCUCUCUCUCUAAUCAGCCAUCACAUUGCUGAGGAGGAUUCAAAUACAGCUUGUCAAUUUCAGUUCUGCAAUUUGCCAACUAUCCAAAUGACCUAGUUAAUUAAAUGGGAACAGUAGAGAUAAUCAGGCUCCACACUGAAGAUGUCCACACAAAGGAAGGAUUGCUCCAUUCUGUUAUUAUAUGGCAAAACUGCAAUUGUUUUCCUUACUUAACAGUAUGGGUGAUUUUAGCCAAAAUAAAUACACAAAUGUAACAUAUCAAACAAGUAUCCACCACUGGACCUUUCAUUGUUGUACACUUCUAAUGUUGUUUUUGCUUUGCUGUUAUGCUCUGAUCUUUGUAACCAUCCUUUGCAUAGGUUAGGUUCAGUUCUACAUUUUUUUUGGUGUGACCCUCAGUCACUCAUUUGGGGUGUGCAUAGACAUGAAAUAAUCUCACUCAGAGAUGAAAUCUUAACAGCAUUUAACAGCAUGGUUCACGUGUCUUGCAUGAUUUGGCCCACUUACAUCAAAAUGAGAACAAAAUGAGCACAAUGAUGUAAUUAGAUGGGGGAAAAAAACAGAAAACAGCAGUGAAAUAACUAUUAUACCCACUAGAGGGAGCCAAAGUAUAGGUAAUAUUCACUGACGUGGUUUUAUUGCAACUGCUUGGAAUAUUAGACCAGACCAACAGGGAGGGAAAGAAGAGGAGGGGAGGGGGACAUACCAAAUUGUACCUAUCAUCUUG